AUGUCGGACAUCAAUCUCGGAGGCGGCGAGACCGUCGCCCCCCCCCCCCCCCCCCCCCGGACCGCGGGGGGUGCUGGCGGAGCUGUGGGUGCUGGCGGUCCUGUUAGUGCCGGUACUGGCGGUCCUGUUAGUGCCGGUACUGGCGGUCCUGUUAGUGCCGGUACUGGCGGUCCUGGUGCUGGUUCUAGCUGUCUUGGUGCCGCUGAUGCGGGUGCGAACGCGUCUGGUGGUGGGGCGAACCCGCAGGACCUAGUACUAGCCUCUUUCGGCCGCGAACUCUACAGGGGUUUCCAGGCGGGGGCAUCGGAUUCCCAAAAGAAGUCGUUCAGUUCAUACAAGGUCACAACGUCUCACUCUCGUCCCAGUUUGGUUGCGGCCUACGCGGACUCGCCGGUCACAGUCUCGUCAGAGCUGUUUGACAUCGCGUCCAACGCGGCGACCAGAAGCGAUACCAUUGAGUCUGUUCACACCUGGAGCCAGCAUCAAGUCUCGGCAUCGUUUGCGGAUCGACGUUCUUAGACCACCCACUCAUUCGUCCCAGCCACGAAUUCAACUCGGUUGCCUGCACUCGUUCCUCGUCGGGAGCCUUGUUUCACAAAUUUUCCAAUCGCCAGUGAGUUUAUUCGCAAUCCGCGCACCUUUGAUACGGCCAUGUUCGGCUUUACUUCCAUCACACAGCCAUGUUCGACUCUACUUCUAUUGUACGGCCACGUUCGGCUCUAUUUCAUAUGGCCACAUUCGGCUUUAUUUCGUAUGGCCAUGUUCGGCUGUACUCCUGAUGGCCAUGUUCGGCUUUACUUUGUAUGGCCACGUUCGGCUUUACUCCUUAUGGCCAUGUUCGGCUUUACCUCUAUGAUAUAGCCAUGUUCGGCUUUAUUUCAUAUGGCCACAUUCGGCUUUAUUUCAUAUGGCCACAUUCGGCUUUAUUUCGUAUGGCCAUGUUUGGCUGUACUCCCUAUGGCCAUGUUCGGCUUUACUUCGUAUGGCCACGUUCGGCUUUACUCCGUAUGGCCAUGUUCGGCUUUACUUCCGUCACACAGCCAUGUUCGGCUCUACUUUUCUCGUACAGCCAUAUUGGCUGUACCUCUAUCAUUUGGCCAUAUUGGCUUGACUUCUAUCGUCCGGCCAUGUUGGCUUUACUUCUAUCAUACGGCCGGAUCCGUCCUCGAAUGUGGUCGCUUUCUCAAAGCCCCUCUUUGGCCCCGUAUUUUUCGGUGCCUACGUUUUCCACGCAUCCAGUGUCACCCGCCCAGGUCUUAGCUGGGCAUUCCACACAGACACUUCUUUUUCGACCUAUCUACUACAGACCCUUCUCAACGGGACACUAGUUUCCUGUUCAUGCCUCUUCCGAGUCAGCGAGAGCCCCUAGGUCGGGGUUGGAUAAGCUCUCCGCUCUCCGUUCCAUCACAGUUUACGUGCGGCGUUGACCGAUGUCGCUACGCCCCUCAACGUUAAUCGAUGGCAAUCGGCCAUGAAUCGCCUUCGCGUAUACUGUGGCAACACUUCUUUCGAGCAAGUCGCUUUGAUCCCGACCCAGAUCCGCGCGGGUUUCGACUUCGGCCUCCGUCACCUUCCCAGGGAACCUUUUGCUCCGAGCAAGCACGUUUCGGACGAUGAUGACGCAUUUCGUGAGGUAGCGGCUAGCGAAAUUUCCCGUUUCUCCAUGCAAGGGUCGCAUCGCGGAGCUUUUUGA